UUGACGCGGCUCAGAAUCGGGAUUUCGGGGGGAGCAUUAAUUUUAAAAACCGAUCGGAGCUACCCAGACCGGGCUCAAACGGCUUUUUUCGUGCAGAAAAUCGAAGUGUUAGUUGUUCCGAUGAGGAUUAAUCCGAGCAUGUGAGGGUUACGGGGGUUUUUAUCGUCUCGAAAGCCCACUGUAUAUUUGAUUUCCCUUUUAGCGAGCGCCGCUUCUCGCCGUAUCUCCGUCCCGAGACGCUGUAUUUACCGGGAGACAGCGACGAGAAAAAUAAUCCACUUCAUAGAAAAUAUUUUUUGAAUUUUGCUCUUUUUAUUUAAGCCCAACGUAGAUUUUAUGGCUGCUCGUUUCGACGGCGAAAAAAAUGAUUCUGUACAGACGUGAAACCGGCCAUCUGCGGAGGAAGGGAUUUGCUUACGCCUUUUGUAAUAUUUUAUGAUUGAUUUUUAUUUAUUUUUCUCGAACCGAAAUAAUUUUUGGACGUAAUUAUUGAGGAUAAUUAUGUGGGUGUUGGGUGUUGGAUUAUCAUGGGGUGAUCUUCGGCGGCGAAGCGUGGCGCUGUUGCCUUUCUUUUAAAGCCUUUUUCUCCAGGCAGCGUUUCGCCAGUCUGCCAGUCCAGAAAAAAAGAAAAAAAAAACUGCUAAAUUGCUCCUUUGCGCGUAACGUUAGGAAAAGUUACCAGUUAGCACGAGCCAAAGGCCGACAACUUGGACCGAUCCUGCUGAUAUUUUCCUCCACUAUCAUCCAUUCAUAAGAUUUUUUCGACCAGGAUGGCUGACAAUCUGCUGGAUGUCGGACCCCCCACUGCAAAGCGACCUAAGCUGAAUUCACCUCUCUCAGGAUCAGAUGGCCCAGAUCUUGUGUCUCUGUUUGACCUGGAAAACGACCUUCCAGAUGAGCUCAUCCCCAAUGGAGACUUGGGAAUGGGAAUGUCCUCGAACGGCGGUCCAGGUGGAGGAGGUCCUGGUCUCAACUCCAUUGUCCCUGAUGCAGCUGCCAAACACAAGCAGCUGUCUGAGCUCCUGCGACCAGGAAGCUCCUCCAUCUUGGGAGGUGGUCCCCAACAGGGAGGCAUGGUGGGAAGCCAGUUGGGUGCUGUGCUUGGUAAAAGUCCACUGGGACAGGGCUCUACCAAUCACCAGUCUGCCCAGGCCCAGAAAGGAGGCGCAGCUGCUGGCCAAGGCAAUGGAAGCAUGGGCUUCAAUCAGGCCAUGUUGAACAGUGGGCAGGGUCAUGGCGUCAUGGGCCAGGCAGGACAAGUGAUGAAUGGGGCUCUUGGACCGGCAGGGCGGGGUAGACCUGGCAUGCAGUACCAAGGCCAAGGCAUGCAGGGGGCACAAGGACCUGGUGUUGGAGGCAGCGUGCUGGCAGAGACACUCACACAAGGAGCGCCACAGUUGGGUACGCACAAUGCGUUGAAUGCCCAACAAGCUGGAAACAUGAAUAAGAUGGGGAUGUCAGGAGCUCCAUUUGGCCAGCAGUACGGUCAGGCUGGGGUGCAGCAGAUGGGGGCAGCAGGGGUCAACGCCCAACAACUCCAGAACAAGACAGCCAUUUCCAACAACCUGCCCCAAUUCCCUGCUGAGCUGAAGGGAGCUGGGAGUGUGCCAAACAUGUCCCAGAUGCAGCAGCAGGUAGCCUCGGUGGGCAUGGUACCCGGGGCCAGUUGUGUGUCCGCGGGCCCGACGGCCGACCCUGAGAAGCGCAAACUUAUUCAGCAGCAGCUGGUCCUGUUGCUCCAUGCACACAAGUGCCAGCGGCGGGAACAGGCCAACGGGGAGGUGAGGGCCUGCACUCUGCCCCACUGCCGCACCAUGAAGAACGUCCUCAACCACAUGACCCACUGCCAGGCUGGCAAGUCCUGCCAGGUGGCUCACUGUGCAUCAUCCAGGCAGAUCAUCUCCCACUGGAAGAACUGUACGCGGCACGACUGUCCGGUCUGCCUGCCUUUGAAGAAUGCAAGUGACAAGAGGAACCAGCAACCCAUGCUAGGUUCCCCCGGUGCUGGCCUCCAGAACGCCAUCAGUACGGUGGGGCCAGGCCAGCCCAGUGCCACAGCCAUCAACAGUGCUGCCACACACAUUGACCCCAGCUCCAUGCAGAGAGCCUAUGCUGCCCUUGGCCUGCCGUAUGGGAACCAGUCCCCUGCUCAGGUCCAGGGACAGGGCCCUGCUCAGCAAAACCCCCAGGGCCCCCAGCACCAGCAGCUGCGAAAUAUGAACCCACUAGGCACUAAUCAGAUGAACCAGAUGGCAGGAGGCAUGGGUGUCCCCUCUUCAGACCAGUCUGGCAUGCACUCCGACUCCUCCUUACCAUCCACACUCAACAAUCAGCUGAUGCCAGAUGGGUCAGCAGCAGGAGGCAUGGGAAACCUGCCCACUGCCACCCCUCUCUCUGCUUCAGGGGUAAGGAAGGCCUGGCAUGAACAUGUCACUCAGGACCUGCGCACUCACCUGGUGCACAAACUUGUACAAGCCAUAUUCCCCACCCCAGACCCCGCAGCACUGAAGGACCGGCGAAUGGAGAACCUGGUGGCAUAUGCACGCAAGGUUGAGGGUGACAUGUACGAGUCGGCUAACAGCAGGGAUGAGUAUUACCACUUCCUGGCCGAGAAAAUCUACAAAAUCCAGAAGGAACUGGAGGAGAAGAGGCGCUCACGGCUCCAGAAACAGCCUGGCAUGGUGGGCACAGCUGGGCCUCAGCAGCCUGGUAUGGCUCAGCCCAACGCCAUGGGCCCAGGACAGGCCGUCCGACCUCCCAAUGGACCUGUGCCUAUGCCCAACAUGCCAAAUCAGAUAAUGAACCGUAUGCAGGUGCCCCAAGGAAUCAAUCAGUUUAACCCAAUGGCAAUGCAGAAUACGCAGAUGUCUCAGGCACCCAUGGGAGCACGUGCUCCGUCCCCCAUGAACCAUCCACAGCAGAUGAACAUGAGCUCCGUCCCAGCGAUGGGCAUGUCCCCGUCAAGGAUGCCUCAGACUCAAGGAAUGAUGGGUAGUCAUGCUAACAACAUGGUGGCUCAGCCAGCCAACCAGGGCCAGUUCCUGCCUCAGGGCCAGUUCGCUGCAGCAGCAGGUGGAGCAAUGAAUGUGAACGUAGGCUUGGGCCAGCCCAUAACACAGACUGCGGUCACACAGCAGCCACAGAACUCUAACCUCCCUCUGAAUGCGCUGGGAUCCCUUGGCUCCCAGCUGCCCUGUGGCCCCACAGCCCAGCCCACCCUGCGUGCCACCCCGCCACCCAACGCCUCUGCCAGCCACCAACCUCAGCAGCAGCUGCAGCAGCAGCAGCAUCAUGCUCCUGCACAGGCACAGGUGCUGCCGCAGCCCUCCACCCCAGCCUCUGCGGGUGGGCCCUCAUCCACCCCAACCCACGUACCUAGUAGCCUUCCUGGUCCCCCCUCAGCCAUGGGCACACCCCCUGACCCCUCCCUGCCGCUCACACCCCUUCAGCCUCAGACAGAACCCCCCAGCCAGAUGCAGCAGCCCACCUCAGUACAGGCACAGCACCCCAGCACACCGUUGUCCCAGGCAGCAGCGAGUAUAGAUAACAGAGUGCCCACCCCAGCUUCUGUGGCCGAGCUGAACUCCCAGCAGACCCUGCCGGACAUGAGCAGCACUGAAGCCAAACCUGAAGUAAAAGACGAAGAAGAGGACAGCAACUCUGGGAAGAAGCAGACGGAUAUAAAAAUGGAGCAGGAUGAUGAAACCAAACCCCCGCUGGUGAAGAAGGAGGAGCCAGAUCCAGUAGAGCCAAAGCAGGAACCAAUGGAAACUGAGGAGAAGAAGCCGGAGAUGAAGGCAGAACCCAAAGAAGAGGAGGAGGCCAACAGCACCUCAGCCAACUCCACCACUCAGAACCGCAAGAAAAUUUUCAAGCCAGAGGAGCUGAGACAAGCCCUAAUGCCGACACUUGAGGCCCUCUACAGGCAAGACCCAGAGUCACUGCCCUUCAGACAACCUGUAGACCCCAUGCUACUGGGCAUUCCUGACUACUUUGAAAUCGUGAAGAAUCCCAUUGACUUAUCCACCAUCAAGCGCAAGCUGGACACGGGUCAGUACCAGGAGCCAUGGCAGUAUGUAGAAGAUGUGUGGCUCAUGUUCAACAACGCCUGGUUGUACAACCGUAAAACAUCCCGUGUGUACAAGUACUGCACCAAACUGGCAGAAGUGUUUGAAGCAGAGAUUGAUCCCGUCAUGCAGGGCCUGGGCUACUGCUGCGGCAGGAAGUACGAGUUCUCACCUCAGACGCUGUGUUGUUAUGGCAAACAAUUGUGUACCAUCUCCAGGGAUGGCACCUACUACAGCUACCAGAACAGUUCACCCAAAUAUGGCCUUAUUGCCGACAGGUAUCACUUCUGUGAGAAGUGCUUCAACGAGAUCCAGGGCAACAGUGUGACCCUGGGGGACGACCCGGCACAGCCACAGACGAUGAUAUCAAAAGAGCAGUUUGAAAAGAAGAAAAACGACAUGUUGGACUCAGAACCGUUUGUUGAAUGUAAAGACUGUGGACGAAAGAUGCAUCAGAUUUGCGUGCUGCACUAUGACGUCAUUUGGCCAUCUGGCUUUAUCUGUGACAACUGUCUGAAGAAGUCUAGCAAAGCAAGAAAAGAGAACAAGUUUUCAGCCAAACGAUUGCAGUCUACAAGGUUGGGGACAUACAUUGAGGACAGAGUGAAUAAGUACUUGAAAAGGCAGAACCACCCAGAGGCCGGUGAAGUGUUUGUGCGAGUGGUGGCCAGCUCGGACAAAACUGUGGAGAUUAAGCCUGGCAUGAAGUCUAGGUUUGUGGACUCAGGCGAGAUGGUGGAGAGCUUCCCUUACAGAACCAAAGCACUUUUUGCAUUUGAGGAAAUAGACGGAGUGGACGUUUGUUUCUUCGGCAUGCACGUCCAGGAGUACGGCUCAGAAUGCCCCUUUCCAAAUACCAGACGGGUUUACAUAUCAUACCUCGACAGUAUUCACUUCUUCAAACCACGUAUGCUAAGGACUGCAGUGUACCAUGAGAUCUUAAUAGGCUACCUGGAGUAUGUGAAGAAACUGGGGUAUGUGACAGGUCACAUCUGGGCCUGCCCACCCAGUGAAGGGGAUGACUACAUUUUCCACUGCCACCCACCUGACCAGAAGAUCCCCAAGCCCAAGAGGCUUCAAGAGUGGUACAGAAAGAUGCUGGACAAGGCUUUCGCCGAGAGGAUCUUGCAUGAUUACAAGGACAUUUUCAAGCAGGCGACAGAAGACAGGCUGACCAGUGCCUAUGAGCUGCCGUACUUUGAGGGUGACUUUUGGCCUAAUGUGCUGGAGGAGAGCAUCAAGGAGCUCGAGCAAGAGGAGGAGGAGAGGAAGAAAGAGGAGAACACGGCCUCUUCUGAGACGACAGAGGGAGCCCACGCUGACAGCAAGAAUGCCAAAAAGAAGAAUAACAAGAAAACCAACAAAAACAAGAGCAGCGUCAGUCGAGCCAAUAAGAAAAAGCCUGGGAUGCCGAAUGUAGCCAAUGAUUUGUCCCAGAAGCUGUACGCCACGAUGGAGAAGCAUAAGGAGGUGUUUUUUGUUAUCCACCUCCAUGCCGGGCCAGUCAUUAACAACCUGCCACCCAUCAUGGACCCAGAUCCUUUGUUGACCUGUGACCUGAUGGAUGGCCGUGAUGCCUUUCUGACUUUGGCCAGGGACAAGCACUGGGAGUUCAGCUCACUGAGAAGGUGCAAAUGGAGCACAAUGUGUAUGUUGGUUGAGCUGCACAACCAGGGACAAGACCGCUUUGUGUACACCUGCAACGAGUGCAAGCACCAUGUAGAGACUCGCUGGCACUGCACCGUCUGCGAGGACUACGACCUAUGCAUUAACUGCUACAACACUAAGGGCCAUGAGCACCAGAUGGUGAAGUGGGGCCUGGGUAUAGACGACGACAGCAACGGUCAGGGUGGAGAGGCCUCCAAGAGCCCUCAGGAGAGCCGACGUCUCAGCAUCCAACGCUGCAUCCAGUCCCUGGUCCACGCCUGCCAGUGCCGCAAUGCCAACUGCUCUUUGCCUUCAUGCCAGAAGAUGAAGAGAGUGGUUCAACACACCAAGGGCUGCAAGCGCAAGACCAAUGGUGGCUGUCCUGUGUGCAAGCAACUCAUCGCUUUAUGUUGUUAUCACGCCAAGCACUGUCAGGAGAACAAGUGUCCCGUUCCCUUCUGUCUCAACAUCAAGCACAAACUCCGUCAGCAGCAGCUUCAGCACAGGCUCCAGCAGGCUCAAAUGAUGCGUCGCAGAAUGGCCACCAUGGCUGGAAGGGGUAUGCCCAUGCCAUCUCCACCUACCUCAGCUGCCCCUGACACCCCCAACUCUGUGCAGCAGCCUAAUACACCCCAGACCCCCCAGCCUAUGCCCAACCAGCCCCAACAACAGCAGCCACCAAACCCUGCCAAUAUUGCUCAAGGCUUCCCGAACAAUGGCCGCAACAGCCAGCCCCCAACACCAGUCCCGCAGGGCAAACCAGGGCCUCAGUCAUCCCCUCUCCAUCAGCAGCAGUCACCUUUGCCUAACAUGCCGCAUCAACAGCAGCCUCAGCCUCAGCCACCACAGCAGCCACAGCCACAGCAGCCACUACUGGCAGCCCUGAAGGUGGCUAGACAGAUCGAGAUGGUAGCCAAGGCGAAGCAACAGCAGAAUUAUGCCAUGAAUGGGAUGCCCAUGAACCACCCACGAAUGAUAGGGCCCAUGCAGGGCCAGAUGCAGAUGAUGCAGGGACCACGGGGCCCCCAAGUGAUGCAGGCUAUGCAGCAGGGGCAGUGGGGUCCAGGGAUGCAGAAUCCCAUGCAGAAUCCCCAGGGUCAUCAGCCGCAGGUCCCUCCUCAACAAGGCCCUAUGGCCCCACAGCAGGCUCAGGGAACCCCCAUGCCACAGCAGGGCCAGCUCAUGCAGAGGCCCAUGAUGCCCCAGCAACAGGGUCUCCAAAUGCCUGGGGUCAUGCCUCCCCAGGGGACCUCUCAGCAGGGCAUGACACCACAGCAGCAUAACAUGCCACGGAGCAUACCUGGUAACAUUGCUCCAAGUGCCCUGCAGGAGUUACUGCGCACCCUCAAAUCUCCCAGCUCCCCGCAGCAGCAACAGCAGGUCCUCACCAUCCUCAAGUCGAACCCCCACCUCAUGGCCGCCUUCAUUAAACAGAGGACAGCCAAGUACCAGGCGAACCAGCCGCAGCAACAGCAGCAGGCACAGCAGCAAACCCCCCAGGCCAUGCUGGGGUCCCAGGCAGGAAUGCAGGCCAUUGCAGCCAUGGCAAACCAGGUGCAGAGGCCAGGGAUGGCACCUCAACAGCAGCCUCCUCCGCAAGCAGGGUCCCAGGGCAUGCCAACUAUGGGUCCCCAAGGCCAGAUGAUGAAUGCUGCUCAAAACGGCAAUCCCCAACUGUACCGCAGACAGCAGCUGCUCAGGAUGCAGCAGAUGCAGCAGCAGCAGGCACAGCAGCAGCAGGGAGGCAUGCCUCAAGGCCACGGUCAGUUCCCCCAGCAGCAGCCAGGGCCAGCAAGCUACUCCCAGCUCCGUAUGCAGCAGCAGAUGGCUAUGCAAGGAGGUGGGGGGCCCAUGGGACAGCUUCCUCCCGCGUCCCAAAUGGGCCAACCGGGCAUGGGCAUGGAUGGGCCCCAGAACCUCCUCCAGCAGCGCAUGCUUCAGCAGCAGCAGCAGCAGCAGAUGUUAAAGCAACAGAUGGGCUCUCCAGCGCAGGCUAACUCGAUGAGUCCACAACCCCACAUGCUCCAAGGUCAAGCCCAGGGAGGAGCUCACUUACCUGGCCAGACAAUGGCAAACACCCUGGGAAACCAAGUACGCUCCCCAGCUCCAGUGCAAUCGCCCCGUCCGCCUUCGCAGCAGCCCCCGCAUUCCAGUCCCUCCCCACGGAUACAGCCUCAGCCCUCACCUCAGCACGGCGCCCUCCACUCAAGCUCUCCCCACCCCAGUCUUGGAGGCCCCAUGUCAGGAUCCAUGGAGCAGGGACACAUGGGAACACCUGAGCAGAGUGCCAUGCUCCCGCAACUUAACACACCAAACAGAGGAGGGUUGAAUAAUGACAUGGGUAUGGUGGGUGACACAACGGGAGACACGCUGGAGAAAUUUGUUGAAGGAUUGUAGCAUUUUGUGACAGAAGAAAGGCCUUGUUCUGUUUUCAGCUGAGAAAUUUUUGUACUUGCUGAUGUAAAAAGCUAAAGUAAAUACAAACAAAUGAGUCAUAUGAGGCCUACAGACUGUGAACUUUCCUUAAACCAAGGGACUGCUUUUUCUUCCAACACACAGAGUGAUUUAAUAAUUGCUGUUUAAAAGAAGACAACAAAGACACAAAGAAUAUAUUUUUGGUUCAGACCAGUCAUGCAAGACUUUGCCCUGGUCUUUGUGUUGUUUUAAUUUGUUUUUCAUUUGUUAUGCUCUGGUAUUGACGUUUUUUAACAAAACUUCUCAAAACAAAAAUAUUUCAUUUUAUUAUUCAAUUUUUUUUAUUUUGUACCUUUGCAAAUUGAUAUCGUAUUUGUGUUGAGAAGACUGUAAAGUUAUUUGUCUGGGAAUUUCUUGCCAGGUUUUCACCUCUUGCUCAGUUUCUCUGUUCCUGGCUAAUUUAUUCUAAUAUGCCAUUUUUCAAAAGGACUGCCUUUGGGAAAGCCUUAAUUUCUUUCCUGUUUGCAGAGUCUAUGGGAGAUUAACAUAUUUGUAUAGAUCUAGGAACUAUUGCACACACCCAAACACAACAGGCAGGUGUAAGAGAAACCUGCAUUGAAGCUUGUUAAUGUUCACAGGUGCCGGAAUGUUCUUUUUACUGGCUUGGGCCCAGAAAUUGUCUUGCAAAUGUUUAAAAAAUUGCUUUGUCUCUCCCUCAGUCUGAAGAAAUUCUCAUAAAAUCCUGAACCUCUUUUGCCUGUGGUGGGAAUUUAACUUGUUUGACUGCUGAUUUGUGUUCAGAGAGAAUUUUGUGCAUUAUUUUCUCUCUUGCAUUACACUUGAAUUGAUUAUGAACUGUUCUCUAAUGUAAAUCAUGCAGCUAGACAGUACUGUAAAUAUGCAGAAAAUAAGAAUGAAAUCACUGUACAAACUGGUUCAAAUGGCUCAUUUCGUACUUAUAUACCAUAUUGUUAAAUAAACCUGUGUGCCACAGA